AUGGACAACUAUUUCUGCAAGAAUGUCGAUGUUUCAGCGUCAAACAACGUUUUAACGUCAAACAGUGCUACUAAGAUUACUAGUUCAGGCAUUAAACUAACACCAGUAAUGGAAAUACGUUUACUUGUCAUCGGAUUAACUGGUUCAGGCAAAUCGUCCAUGUUAAAAGCGUUAUUAAAUAGACAUUUUGAUGCAUCCUCGAGUGGAGCCUCAUCGUCUAAAAUGUUGUUUACGCCUUAUCAAUCAUUGAUCGAACUAACCACAACAUCACCGAAGUCAGGAGAAGACACAAAUACAGGUGAUAAUAAUAAUGGUCAUGAUAGUUCGGCUUUCGGACAAAAAUUUAUUAUCAAAGCAUGUGAUACCCGCGGUUUAAAUGAUCCAAAUCACAAAGAUGAAGAUACAUUUGAAGCUAUAAGAACGCUUUAUUCCUCAGAAUUUAAUUUAGUUAAUCAUAUUUUCAUUUGUUUUAAAUUGGAUCGUAUACGAGCAGAUGUACACAGUAGUAUUGUUAAUCUAAUUGGUUAUCUUAAAAAGUCUAGUUUUAAAUCAGAAAAUAUAUCUAUUGCACUUACAUUUUGUGAUGGGUAUCGUCAAGAAGAGAUUGAUACUUAUAUACAAGAAAUGAAAGAACAUCCAGUUUGUGGUGAACUGUUUCGAAACGAUACGAAAAUUUUCAUUGUUACAUUACCUGAUUUAUCAAAAGUGAAUGAUAGAUUUCGUCAAGUAUUCGAAGAAGAUCGUGAUAAUAUUAUUAAUAACUUAAUUAACCAUUUAACCAAGCACGUCGAACCGGUAAAAAUCAUUUCACAUGAACAUUUUGAGGAAGCAGUAUUAGCGAAAGCGAAACAGUUAAACGAUGAAGAAAUAAAAAACCAAAAACAAGAAAAUGAACAGUUAACAGAAAAACUAG